AUGUUGCGUUAUGUCGUCCGGCAGAUAAACCAAAUCAGUCCGAGAAAAAAGAGAUAUAUGGUGUUGUGCCUUUUUUGGCUCCCGAGGUUAUGAAAACGGGUAAAUAUUCCAAAGAAGCAGACAUUUAUAGUUUUGGCUUAAUAAUCUGGGAGAUUUGUGCACAUCAACCACCGCUAAAUGAACGCCCUCAUGAUAUCAAGUUGGUCAUUGAUAUCUGUCUUGGGGAAAGACCAUUGAUUCAAAAUGACAUACCUAA